GAAUUGAUUAUUAUUUAGAUCGAUUGUUGAACCACCCAAGCACCUUUUUGAAUGGGACUGUGACUUUGAGGCUUCUCCGUGAUUCCUGUUGAGUGAUUUCUCCUUCAAGUGACUAGUCUUCAUCUCUCACUUUUCCUUUGUGAUUCUCAACAUGAUCUGAAUGCAACUCAAGCCAAUUUACUAAAACUUGAUUAUCCAUGGACUCGAGCAACUAAUUGAUUGAUUAAUUGCCUUUGUGAACAUUGAUUAUGAUUAACUGAUCUGCAAUUGCAACUGCAGGUUCAGAUUGUGAAGGUGGUCAGUCAUAUGAUUCGACAUGCGUGAUGAGGCGAAUACGAGACAGUGAAAAGCUUCAUCUGUUGGAGAUUUCGAUGUAAAUAAAGAACAGUGGAUCUUAAUGUUUGGUUAGAAUUUUAACUUGUGUGACCUUCUAUGAUCAUCAUGGCUUCUGCAAGCACGUAUUUCGAAACUCCUCCACGAUCUCCACGAACCCAAGGUUGUAUGGUUCAUGCCAUUCAACAUCGAUUUGUAAAUGCCAUCAAGGUACCUACAACUCUAUGUAAUUUAUGUGAUAAGCCAAUGAUGAUUGGAUUCAAAUGUAGAGACUGUAAAUAUCGAUGUCAUAGGGACUGUGUGGACAAAGUUCCCCCAUCCUGUGGUCUUCCUAUUAAAUAUGUUGACUUUUUUCGUGAAACAAUGAGAAACGAAGCUCGAAUCAACCAACAAAUCAUCAUAGAAACACCACCCUCACCCAAUCCAUCAUCUCUUAAUCUCCAAAACAGUCACAGUAUGCAAGAGUGGGACAUUCCAUUUGAUGAACUCAAGGUGGGUGAAAAGAUCGGCUCAGGUCAAUUCAGUACAGUUUACAAGGGUCGAUGGCAUGGACUCGUUGCCAUCAAAACCUACAAUAUGAACAAUUCCCAAUACGAAGACUUGAAAGCCUUGGAGGCCUUCAGACAAGAAGUGGCCACUUUCCGUAAAACUCGGCAUGAAAAUCUGGUUCUAUUCAUGGGAGCCUGUAUGAAACCUCCUCAUUUAGCUAUUGUGACAAGUCUCUGUCAAGGACUCACUUUGUACACUCAUAUACACCUGAGAAAGGAUAAGUUCAAUUUAAAUCGUAUUAUACAAAUUGCCCAACAAAUUUGUAGAGGAAUGGGUUAUCUACAUGCUCGUGAUAUAGUCCAUAAAGAUUUAAAAAGUAAAAAUAUUUGUUACGAGAAUGGGAAAGUGAUCAUCACUGAUUUCGGUCUCUGUUCGGUAACCAAACUGUGUCAUGGGAAAAACAAAAGUGAUUUUUUAACGAUACCAAAAGGAUGGCUGUGUUAUCUUGCUCCAGAAUUAAUCAGAUCUCUUCGUGCCGAUGGCGAUGUACCUCAAGACCUAGAAGAUUUACCUUUCUCUCCAGCCACAGAUAUAUUCGCAUUCGGGACAGUCUGGUACGAACUAUUAGUCGGUGCUUGGCCAUUCAUCGGUCAACCUCCCGAAGUUAUCAUUUGGCAAGCUGGAAAAGGAAUCAAACAACCUUUAACUAAUUUACAAGCAUCGAGCGAAAUUAAAAAUAUACUAAUGAUAUGUUGGUCUUAUCUACCUACAGACAGACCCGAUUUUAGUAAAUUACAUGACUUACUUAGUAAAUUACCUAGAAAGAGAUUACAAAGGAGUCCCUCUCAUCCAACAUAUCUACUACGAUCUGCUGAAUCCAUUUAAUUAUAUAUUUAAUUUACAUGUAUAUGUAUUGUUGGAGUUGGACUUGAUAAGUCGAUGUAUUAAUCAUCCAAUUAAAAAUGUUGUGAUAAGAAAACAAA